GGAGUGCCUCACAUCGCCUCACUGGCGGCUAGAGUGCACACUGCGCACUCUCCUCAUUCAGGACUGAGCUAGAUUGAGUUAAAGCUACCCUUUCUUUGUGUGUUUAUAGUGUUAAAACAGAGAGCCUACAUAUGUGUGGGAGGCCAUGAGGGGACCAAGUGAUGCUCCAGAGUUGUAGGUUCUUCCAAGCGGAUCAUGAUGCUGAUGCUGAUGAUGAUGCUGACAAGGCUCUCUAAGACAGACGGUAAAGUUUGUUCUUGGGUGAUUUCACUCGCUUGAAAUCAUCCAGCUGAGGCUAAAAAGCUUCAGUGCUAAUGCUGGAGCUGCUUGGAGUGUAAAGGAAGGAAAACAGAAAAAUCUCAGAUAGGAGCUUUGACACAGAGGAGAUGAACUUUGGACAUCUGCUGCUUGGGUUGUUGACCACAUUAACCACCACCAUAACAUCAGGGUCCAGAGUUCGGUUCGAGGAUAGUGCCCCUCGGAUCGUGGAGGACCCAUCUGACUUGAUAGUUUCCAAGGGGGAGCCAGCCACCCUCAACUGCAAGGUGGAGGGCCGCCCCCCUCCCAGCGUGGAGUGGUACAAAGAUGGCGAGCGAGUGGAGACUGACAAGGACGACCCCCGCUCGCACCGCAUGCUCCUACCCAGCGGCUCGCUGUUCUUCCUGCGCAUCGUGCACGGCCGACGCAGUAAACCAGAUGAGGGCGUGUACACGUGUGUGGCACGCAACUACCUGGGGGAGGCCGUCAGUCGCAAUGCUUCGCUGGAAGUUGCUAUUCUCCGAGAUGAUUUUCGACAAGCUCCGAGCGACGUGGUGGUGGCCGCCGGUGAGCCCGCUGUCCUGGAGUGCGUGCCCCCGCGCGGGCACCCUGAACCCCUGGUGUCCUGGAAGCGCAACAACGUCAGGGUCAACACUAAAGAUGAACGCAUCUCUGUGCGCGGGGGCAAGCUGAUGAUCUCACACACCAGGAAAGGCGACGCUGGCAUGUACGUGUGCGUGGGCACCAACAUGGUGGGGGAGCGCGACAGCGACCCCGCCGAGCUGGUGGUGUACGAGCGGCCCGUGCUGGUGCGGAGGCCCGUCAACCAGGUGGUCAUGGAGGACGACACCGUCGACUUCCUGUGUGAGGUCCACGGCGAUCCUCCUCCCACUGUGCGAUGGCGGCGAGAGGAUGGGGAACUCCCACGAGGGAGGUUUGAGAUUCGCAAUGGCAACAGCCUGCGUUUAUUCCGCGUGAAAGAGCAGGACGAGGGGGCGUACACCUGCACGUCAGAGAACAGCGUGGGCAAGACGGAGGCCUCGGCCAUGCUGCAGGUGCACGUGCCACCUCAGAUCGCUUCGAAGCCACGGGACCAGAUGGCCUACCAGGGGAGGAGCGUCGCCUUCCAGUGCCGCACCACGGGUAACCCCCCGCCUGCCAUCUUUUGGCAGAAAGAGGGCAGUCAGAUGUUGCUGUUUCCUGGCCAACCGCCAUCCCAGUCAGGGCGUUACUCUGUGUCCAUGAGAGGGGAGCUGACCAUCACUGACGUGCACCCGGAGGACUCGGGCUUCUAUAUCUGUCAGGCCAUCAGUGUGGCAGGCAGCGUGCUAAGCAAGGCCUUGUUGGAGGUGGAGGGAGGACCUUCAGGUCGGAUCCCCCCAAUCAUUCGCCAAGGCCCGGCCAAUCACACUUUGUCCCAGGGCGGCACGGCCCGCCUGCACUGCCGUGUCAUCGGAGGACCCUCGGUCAAGAUUUCAUGGGAGAAGGACGGAGACACUAUUGAGGGGAACGAUGCUCGCCUAACGUUGGUGGAGAACGGCACAUUGGAAAUAAGAGACAUAGAGGAUGAAGACUCAGGCAUCUACACGUGCGUGGCUUCCAGCCCCACAGGGGAGUCGAGCUGGAGCGGGAUACUGACUGUCAGAGACGGCCCCGUCUCGUCACCGUCCCGAGUUUCCGAGUUCAUCCAGCUGCCGGGACCCCCACAGAAGCCCGUGGUGACCGACGUGACCAGGAACAGCGUCACCCUCACCUGGCAGUCCAAUCCGCACGAGGGCGGGGCCGCCGUCACUUCCUACAUCAUCGAGGCCUUUAGCCAAUCGGUGGGCAGCACGUGGCAGACGGUGGCAGACCGCGUCAGGCAUGAACGGCACACCGUCGUGGGGCUCUUCCCCAACACCGUUUACCUCUUCAUCGUCAGAGCGCUCAACUCUUACGGCCUGAGUGACCCCAGUCCCAUCUCGGAGCCUGUCAGGACGCAAGAUGGGAGUCCUCCAGAAAUAGGCAAGGACCAAAGACAGUUACAGAGAGAACUUGGCGACGUGUCAGUCUACCUGUCGAAGCCCGCUGUUCUGUCUCCCACCAGUGCCAAGAUUUCUUGGACUGUGGCCCGUCAUUCCCGCUACGUUCAGGGUUACCGCGUGUUUUACCGCACCGUCGGCAGCUCCUGGCUGGUCCAGUAUGUGGAGGCGACGUCAGACCACAGUGCCAUCUUGGCGGAUUUGCUUAGCGACACGGAAUACGAGGUGAAGAUACGGCCUUACUUCAAUGAGCUGCAGGGACACGACAGCCUCAUGGUGUUGCUGCGCACCCCAGAGGAAGUGUUGAGCGCAGCACCGCAGGCUGUGUCGGUGGUGCAGCUCACCAACAGCUCUAGUAUCAGCGUGUCCUGGGAGCCGCCGCCUCAUAGUGCUUACAGUGGCGUCAUUCGAGAGUACAAGGUGUGGUGUGUGAGUAGCAGCUUGGACGAGGAGAAGCACAUCAACCGAACAGUGGACGGAGCCGUUGUGUCAAUCCUGCUCAACGGCCUGCUCCCCGAUGUGCGCUACACCGUCACCGUGGCCGCCGUCACCGGCCUGGGCAUUGGUGCUCCCAGCUCGCCGGUCCACCUCGUCCUCACUCCACUAGGGAGCUACACCUCCACACCCGUGAGGAAAGGUGGGAGAGGCGACGUGAGCAUCUCGGAGCAGAUCACCGUGGUUGUGCGGCAGCCUGCCUUCAUCGCCGGGCUGGGCAUGGCAGCCUGGCUGGCUCUGAUGGGCCUCAGCGGUUGGUUCUACUGCCGCCACCGCCGCAGGAAGCAGUUGGGCCACUACACCACGUCCUUCGCAUAUACGCCGGCAGUUGGCUUCGCUCACGGUGAAGGAUCAGGAUUCAUCAAUGGAGGGCCAGGCAUACUGGGAUCAAACAUGGGCAACUUCCCCUGGUUGGCUGACUCGUGGCCCACUCCCAACUUAAUCCACAACAGCAAUGAUUCCAUCAACUGCUGCUCCGGCAAACUAGACUCUGAGAAAUAUUACAACGCUGUCGGUAUGGUCAGCUACCACUCGGAGAAGCACAACAUGGCGUCCAGCGACAGUCCCAUCUACAGCACUAUCAAUGCAGCGGCCCAGGAGGACCUGCUGAGCUACUACGACACCUACUCCAGCGCCUCCUACAAGCAGGGCCCUGACCCGUACAGCAGCAGCCCGGCACUGUCCAACAGUGGCCUGGUGGCUCUGGAGCAGGACCUGGACCAGUGGACCAUUCAGUCUGGACACUCAAACUCCGAAUACGCCAAGCUGCACUACUCCAAGAAGAGCAACGAUAAACUGAUCAAGCAGAGAUCCACCGGGUCGGUGUGCACGCCGACUACCCUCAAAUGGGUGGACGUGUUGUCUCGUCCUCUUCCGGCCAAUAAGGAUGGAUGUCGCUCAGAGUGUAACGGCGCGGAGCAGCGCAGCUCCGGGGAUGAAGAUGACAGCUGGUGUCCCCCGCUGCCCGCCAGAACCUAUCUGAUGGACGAGCCUUCCGCCGCCCUCCAGCCGUCCCACUCGGCCGCGUCCUCCCCUCAGCGGGACACACUGAAGCCUGGCGACAGUCCUCGGCCGCAGCACGUGGACCUGCUGGUCCGUCAGCACUCCCAACUCUCCCAGUCCAAUCCGGAUCUGUUCACCAAGACCGCCGAGGUGCACCACGGCCGCAGCCGCUGGACGGAAACCUUGAGGGGCGACAGACUCGACAAAGGACAAUCUGCCGCCGCAGUCUGCGAUUUGAGCCCCGCAGCUCUGGCGUACAGAUGCAGGAACAAGAAAAAAGCCCCGAAGGAUGGCGCACUCAGACGGGAGCCGCACAGCCAAGCAGAGCUGCCCCCUCCUCCGGCCCCUCCGUCGGCCGAGAACUCCCUGCAGCCUCCAGUCGACGUUGUGACUCUCACAAGCGACGAUCAUGUCUCCACCGACCAAAGAGCAACCACAAAAUGGUCGUCCCAGGAUGAGAAUGUAAUCCAGUACGGGUCGUCCAAGCAGAUGCCAGUCUACGGGUCGCUCGGUGGCGUCUUUACCAGAUCUCCAGCUUCUUCUGGACACAUGAGGGUCCAGAACCUCAUGUGAGCCCACACAUUCUCCAGUUCCGUCUUUGUGAGCCAUCCAUUGAUUCUUACACAAAAGUGUAAAAAAAUAAAUAAAUAAAUAAAUAAAAUAAAAAUAAAAAAAGACUUCACAUCCAAACUGUCCAGACUCAAUCCAUGGGAUCCUUUCACAAUUCCUACACAGUUUUGUCAGCCUGGAUUAUUUAAAAAAAUAAAUAAAUAAAUAAAGUGUACAUAUUAGCUUGUGCUAAUCAUUAGCCAUCAUUAAACUGUGCACGUCUGCAAUACAAUGACAAGCGUGCGCAUGUGUGUGUGCACUUGUGUAUUUUGUGUUUCCACUGACUGUGUGCCAAAGUCAAGAGGCCACAAUUUGCAUUUGUAAUCCUCUGCUGCUAUUUCACCGCACACACACACACACACACACACACACACACACACACACACACACACACACACACACACACACACACACACACACACACACACACACACACACACACACACACACACACACACACACACACACACACACACACACACACACACACACACAAACACGCGCACACAGGCUUGACCUAUGCG